UCUUUAAUUGCACGGUUGUUUAACUGAAAAUCGAAUCGCUCUUGCUGUUCUGUUCUCUGUACUCAAGGUUUUGCUUCAAAAGCAUAUAUCUUUUUUUUCUUUUGUCCAUUGCAAUUGUGGGUUUCGUUAUUUGAUCAGCAUGAAAUGAUGGACGUUUUUUUCUGCAUAAUAAUUGUUUUGUGUAGGUUGAUUUUUUUAAUUGAUUGAUGUUCUUUUGAUAUAAAAUAAUGGUGGAUGGGUAUGGGGUAGUUGCUUAGUCUUGUGUUCAUGUAUGGUUCUCUAAUUUCUGAUAUGGACCCACAAGAGUAAUCAUAUUUAUUUGUUUCGUUCUUAGAUUAUGUUCUUUAUCAGACUCACAUAAGAUCAUUAUGACCCAAAAUACCGGGGUUUUGAUAGGUACUGAUGAUGGAUACUUUGAUGCAUGCUUCCGUUUAUUAAUCAAUUGACAAUAACUUGUCCUGUUUAAAAAUGUUUUGAUGGAGGGUGAGGAUUCGCCUAGAGAUUGUGUUCGUCAAUCAUGUGCAUUGUUUAUUCUUUUUAUUUUACUAAUUUUUUAAUGAUGAGUUGGUGACUAUGCUUCUCAUUGAUUGACGGAACUGUUGUUUGUUUGUAGGGCAACCUUUAUGUGAUUAGGGUGAUGCCUUAUUUUAAUUUUAUAAUUGUGAAUCUUCUGGUUAUAGUAUUGUAUAUGUAUAUAUGUUUAAGUAUACCAGUCAAGCAUUGAAUGGAGGGUUAACUUCUGACCAAACAGUGGAUGUCUUUGUUUUGUUUAUCAUGUGCACAUCGAUAUUGCUACUAGCCUACUAUAUUCUUAUAUAUGUGGUGUGCGAUUCAUAUAAUAAUAGAUUGUUUUAAGGAACAUAUAAAACAGAAUUAGACUAACUGCGAACAAAAUGUUUGUGUUAGAUCCUCGAUGCUUCGUCAGUCAUUAUAAUUUCUUUUGUUAUCGCAGCAGGGUCGGCCUUGUGAAUUGUAGCUGCUCGGAUGCUUCACAAUAAUGUUUUGUGGGAGUAGAACCCUAGACCAGUGACCUACCCUUUAUGAGAGAAGAUAACCAUCAUAGUGUAGAAAAUUUAUAACUUUCCACCAACUCAUUACUCAUAUGUUCUUAUUUUUUGGGGGGACCUUCAUUUAGAAGAAUAAGGAGGAGAAGAUGAUGGAAAAUAAAGGGGGUCCUUGUUCUGUUGAUCAAGGCAGCUUUACUUCGCUCUCAUCCAAACGACACAAAGGCGAUGUGUCGAUCUCGCCCAAGGAGAGGAAAGAGAAGCUUAGUGAACGAAUAGUGGCUCUACAGCAGCUUGUUUCACCAUACGGAAAGACGGAUACGGCAUCUGUCCUGCUGGAGGCAAUGGAUUACAUACGUUUCCUUCAUGAACAAGUGAAGGUGUUGAGUGCUCCUUUUCUCCAAAGUACACCAACAGCUAAAAUGCAGGAAGUUGAGCAAUGCAGUUUGAGAAAUAGAGGUUUGUGUCUUGUCCCAGUUGCUUAUACCAUGGGAGUUGCACGCAGCAAUGGUGCAGAUAUCUGGGCUCCUAUCAAGACUACGUCUCCAAAGUCUGGGAACUCUUUCUCAUGAUCACGGUGACAUGAUUCAUACUCGGUUUCUUGUGUUGCAAAAAUGAAUACACAAUGAAUUUAGUGUGGCAGAUGCAGCUAUUGAACCAUAUCUGUCGUGAUGAGGGUAUUUGUCAUAACAUGUGCUAGAUGCAAUCCCGUUCAUUUUAUGCUGGUGACGGGAUCAAAUGCAGUCUGGUACGAUAAUAUAUGUAAUAUGUACUUCUAUGCUGAUUAUGCAACAUGUAUAUUUGCGGACAAUCCUAACAAAUUAUUUAGUUAAUACAUGGAGAGGGAAAUUGUGGUUUGUUU